UUGACAACACAGCUUCAUCACCAUGGCCUGGGGUUGUUCAUCGUUGACUCUGCUGGCUACCAUUGCUUUCAUGCUGUGUGCCUUUACUUCUGCACAGUCCUCAUCAAGUUCAUCAAUUAGUGCAAGUUCAUCAAGUAGUGCAUGGGAUGAGUUCUCAUCAUCGGAAGUCUCCAGAAAUGAGCGCUGCCCGCUUGAGUGUAUGUGCGGCCCUUGCGUUGAGUGUUCUCGCGGUUGGAAUCUUGAAACCAUCAAAAGCAUCCACAAAACAACAAACUGUCUGAAACUAAGAGGAGGCAAUAUCUCACAUCUGGAGCCAGGCAUAUUCAGAAGAUUUUCGAUUUGGACGCCCAGGAGGUUAGAGGUGCUUACUCUGGAAGAUUUUCCGCUCGCGUCGAUUUCCUCCGGCACAUUUAGAGGACUUUCCGGGCUCAAAUUCCUUCGGCUGGAAAAUCUUUCUGUGGUGUCGAUACCCGACGGAACAUUUAGCGGGCUGAUCAAUCUCCUUAUGCUUAAUAUCAGCAAUCUUCCGCUGGUGUCGAUUUCCAGAGGUACAUUUCGUGGACUCUCCAAUCUCGGAGACCUUUGGAUGGUUGAUCUUCCCCUGAAGUCGAUUCCCAACGGUACAUUUAGCGGGCUGCCCAAUCUCUUCUGGCUUAAUAUGUGGAAUCUUCCGCUCGUGUCGAUUUCCGCAGGUACAUUCACAGGGCUUUCCAAUCUCCAUUACAUUCGGAUGUACGAUCUUCCUCUAGAGUCGAUUCCUGCCGGUACAUUUAGCAGGCUGCCCAAACUCAACAGGCUUUUCAUGAGGAAUUUCCCGGUCGUGUCGAUUUCCGCUGGUGCAUUUCGAGGACUCUCCAACCUCAAAUUGCUCUAA